GUUAUGGAGCAGAAUAGCAGUUCAGUUCUCUGCAUUAGGUUAUUUUGUCAGCUUUGGGAAGAAUGGGUAAGAGUAAGGGAGCCACUUGAGUCUGGAACACCAGUUAGUUAUCCUAGUAAUCCAAGCAAAAGAUGAUAUAUGCAUCUUUUUUAAAAAAGGUGCAUUAUUAAUGGAAAGGCAGGAGAAAUUUAAGAGACAUCUUUGAAAAAGAAACAAUAAAACUUAGCAAAUGGAUAGUGAAAGAAAAGAGUCAAAGAUCAUUCCAAAAUUUGAACCUUGGACAACCAGGAAAGUGAGUGCCAAUUACAAAAAUAGAGACAUUAAAGGCAAGGAUAAUUUUUAUGAGACAUCUGUCAUUUGUAUAGCAUUGUUAACUGAACUGAUAGGGAUGAAUAAGGUCAUCAGAGGAUGGAAUAUAUUAGAGACCAGAGGAGAAAGUAUAGAAUCUUGGGUAAGAAAUGGAUGACGAUCCAGCAAAGGAGAAUAAGAAAGCAAUUCAACAGAAAAGGAAAAAAAAAAAAGAAACAAGAGAGCAAUGACACAAGUCAAGAGUUAAGAGCAUCUAGAAUUAGGAGAUGAUUGAGAGAUGUCAGAUAAAAAAUAAACUGAGCAAAGGACUCUGGUAAUCUUGAAGAGAAAUUUUAGUAGAGGGAGAUGGCUCUAGAACUUGCUUUGACUUCUUGUUAGUGAGAAGCAUUAGAAUUGCCCACAAAGAGUAGGUGAAAAUUUCUAGACUGGUAAAUUUCGGUAGUAUAAAGCAAGUUACUCUUCCAUACGUUCCUUAUCUCCAAUUCUCCCUUUUCAGGAUUCUCUCCCUCCCAAAAGGAGAGCAUUAAAGACGAAGUAAUGACUUCUGUAUUUCUGACAACUGAAUCUCAGGAAUCAGUGACAUUCAAGGAUGUGGCUGUGGACUUCACCUGGGAGGAAUGGGAGCAACUAGACAUUGGUCAAAGAGUCCUCUACAGGGAUGUGAUGUUGGAAAACUAUAGGAAUAUAAUCUCUUUAGGGACUCAGGUUUCCAAACCAGAACUGAUCUUCCUGUUGGAACAAGGAAAAGAGCCCUGGAUGGUGAAGAGAGAAAUCUCAAAAAACACCUGCCCAGGAGAAAGACAUAAUAAAUGUGAUACAUGUGGGAAGAUUUUCAAAUAUGAUUCACGCCUAAUUAAACAUCAGAAAAUUUGUGCAGAGAAGAAAUACUCUGAAUUGAAUGACUAUAACAAAUCAUUUUUACAGCAAACCCCUCUUACUCAAAAUCAGAAAAUUUAUACUGGAGAGAAACCC